AUGUCUGCCAUAGUCACAUUAGAUUCGAUCGAACGGAAUCUAUAUCGAUUUGGUGGAUCGUUUUUAAUCGCAUUUGGAACUGUCAGUUGUGUAUUGAAUGUAAUGGUAUUUACGAAGAGUAGCUUACGAAAAAAUCCAUGUGCACUAUGUCUAACUGGAAUUAAUAUUGUCAAUUUCUUGAGUUUAUAUCUCGUUCUUCUACCAGCAGUGCUCGUUCGUGGGUACCGUAUUGAUUUCAGCUGGAAAGAUCUUCUCAUAUGCCGAUUCCAGUUUUAUAUUGCACUUGUUCUUGCAUGUACACAAUCUUCUUAUAUCGUCUUAGCAUCGAUUGAUCGUACAUUGAUCACUUCGAUCGAUGCUCACAUACGCAGAAUCAGCACACAACGCUUAAUGAUGCUAAACAUGUUUAUUAUCGCUCUAUUUUGGCUCGUAUGUCACAUUCAUGCACUAAUUCACACACAAGUACUACAUAUUGCACCUCAUUCUUAUGUUUGUUUCCGUUCGCCAGGUAUAUACACGAAAAUCAUGAAUUAUUAUUCGCUACUAAUAAACGGAAUCCUUCCACCUCUCCUCAUGGCACUUUUCGGACUUUGGACACUUAAAAACGUACGUGCCAUUCGUUCUAUGUCGAAUACUGCUAGAGCACGACAUAGAACUGCCUAUGCUGUUGGUAGACGAUAUAUUCUUCAUUCUAAAGAUCACCAACUCGUCCGAAUGCUCCUAUUAGAUAUCAUUUCCUUUGCCAUUUGUAAAUGUCCAUCCGCACUUGUGUUAAUGUAUGAACAAUGUACACAGCAUAUAGAAAAAACUCCCGAGCGACAAGCGAUUGAACUGUCAAUUUUAUUGAUCACUUAUUUCCUUUAUUAUAUCGAGAAUGGUAUUAGUUUUUACACGAACAUUUUCAUAUCGAAAACUUUCCGCCGAGAGAUUCGAGACACUCUUCGGAUCCAUCUUCUCUUGUAA